GUAACAUAUUCGAGACGCAAGAUGAAGGUGAGAUUCCAAUCGUUGAGAGGAUUGAGCGGCGCCAAUAUUCAGUGGGAAUAUCAAGAACGCAACAAAACUCAGAAUAUUCAGGAAAGGCUGGAAAAAUUGGAGGAAAAUGUAUUUAUAACUUUGCAGAACCAAAAAACGCUUAGUGAAGGCCAAUCGUCACUGGUUCACAACCAAACUGCAAUAUUUGAAAAACUGAAUGAGAUGGAGUCGAAAAUUGUCGAAAAGGCUGAGGUUUUGGCGCAAAAUAAGUCAAUCAGAGAAUGCAAAGUUAUCUUAAAACGAGUGGAGCAGUCAGUGUGCCGCAUGACCGGCGAAGUGAUUGACAAAGAGCUGGACGACGUCGCUAGCACUUUUCCGAUGGAGUCGCAAGCAACAGUUGCGGAAGUGGAAGAUAGACCUCAAAGCGAAGACUAUGCCCAAACAAUGACUGCAUUCCUCCACAAACUUAAAGGCGCCAGUGAUAAUGUGGCUGACGUAAUACCUAAGGUUUUCUCAGAUGAGCUCAUGGAAGGUUAUAAUUGGGAUGGCAGGUGGAGCAAGAAAUCCCUAUGCAAGUUGGCGCUGGUUGAUACCAUUUUAAGAAAUGUGUUUCAACAACAAGGGUGUAGGAGUUUCGAGCAAAAUAUAAAGCGGUCAAUACUGCUCAGCCAUCACAGGUUAAAGCAGCGUAGUUAUUUAAAAAAAAAAGGAAACAAUAAUUAGGUACAUUUAAAAACUAAACAAAUUAAAACCAA